AUGACAUCCACGACAGGCAGCAGAGACUAUCACUAUGGGGCCACUCUGUCCGAAGAUGAGCUAGUAGAGAUCCAGAGCGCGGACAGCGAGACGGAAGCAACCCCGCGAUCCAGCAGCGAUGCGCAGCAGAAGCAGAAGCAGCAACAACAACCGCCGCCGCCGCCGCCAGAGAGGAAACGAACUAGCCCCGCGAGUCCCGCCUACGUCGCGCCCAUCCCGAGGAUAGGCGCCAUCCCGCCCGUGUCGCCCGGCAUCGACAUCGGCAUCGGCAUAUCGCCCUCGUCGCGGCCCCAGCUCCCCGACUUCGUCGGCGCCUUCCUCGUCGGCAAGCGGGUCGACGAGUACGGCGACAUCGUAGACGACGAGACCGGCCGCGUCUUCGCGCGGGCCGGCGGCGACCUGCCGUCCAUCGUCGGCAAGACCGUCUCGAACCGGCAGGGCGACAUCCUCGGCGACGGCGGCGAGCUGCUGGGCUAUGUAGAGGACUUGGGCUUCGAUAAGACGGCCAGCGAGGGUGGUAGUGACGCCGGUGGUGGCAGCGGUAGCGCGCAGCCUCCUCCGUGGCUGGCUCGAUUCCCGACCGCCAGGAGCCUGAUGGAGAUCAUGCGGCAGAGCACCUUACCCCUGAUUGUCGACCACAAGGGAAACAUCCUCGACACGGACGGGAAUGUGGUUGGGAAGUUCCGCGACAACAACAACCCGAUGCAUCGAAAGGAGCGCGAGGAGAAACAGCGGGAAGGGGAUGGAGGUGCGCCUGGGCCUGGACCUGAGCCUGAGCCUGCGGAGGAGACCUCAACCCCUCGUGAAGAGCCAGCCAAGCCGUCGCCGACGGCCACACCGCAGCCAGAACCAGAAGGGGAACAGAGUGAACAACCUCGGUCAGAAAAGAGACAGAAUGCCCAAAGCUGGAGGAAGGAGAACGAGAGCCCGUCGGAUAUAUUCUUGGACGUCAAGUCGACCACAGAGGGGAUCCAGCUCACAAUCCGGAUACCUACCGUCUUCAACGGUUCGCCGGUCCAGCCGAAGGUCCAGUUUUCAUAG